GUGGCGACGUGAGGUGAGCCCGAAGGAAAUGACUGGACCCAAAACAAAGCACGAGCGAGGGAUAAAGUAUUACAAAACAAACAGGUUUGAAUAAUGAUGUUUUAACAGUGUGUUCGUAAGAAAACAUGUCUGGUUUGUCCAUCACGCAGUCCAUCAGCUGGCGCGGCUGAAAUCUCUGCUCCUCUCCUCUGGAUUGUGGAUUGUGACAAGUGCCAGGACAGCAGCCAAACAGGACCAGGACUACAACAGUUCCCGGGGACUUGUCACUCCGCUACCUUUGAACGGGAGGCUCCUUCCAGUUUUCGCCUGACAGCACACCUCCCGGAGCCAAGACGUUGUUCCGCGUAGACCCGGGCAGUCCGAGCAGCUCAGUCCGUGUGGGAAGGUCGGCACUCGGCGUCCUGCAGGCCGGAGACAUGAUGGUCCACUGUGCCGGGUGCGAACGGCCCAUCCUGGACCGGUUCCUCCUCAACGUACUGGACAGAGCCUGGCACGCCAAGUGCGUCCAGUGCUGUGACUGCAACUGCAACCUCACCGAGAAGUGUUUCUCCAGGGACGGGAAGCUCUAUUGCAAAAUGGACUUUUUCAGGCGGUUUGGCACAAAGUGCGCGGGCUGUCUGCAGGGAAUCUCGCCAAACGACUUGGUCCGCAAAGCCCGCAGCAAGGUGUUUCAUCUCAACUGCUUCACCUGCAUGGUGUGUAACAAGCAGCUGUCCACGGGAGAGGAGCUCUACGUGAUAGACGAGAACAAGUUUGUUUGCAAAGAAGAUUAUUUGAGCUCCGGGGCCAUUAAGGAAGUCAACCUGAACUCAGUGUCGUCGUGUACAGACAGGAGUUUAUCGCCGGAUCUGGCGGACCCAAUACAGGACGACAUAAAGGAGACGGACAAUUCAACGUCCUCAGAUAAGGAAACGAACAAUAUUGAGAACGAGGAGCAGAACUCGGGGACCAAAAGGCGGGGGCCCCGGACCACCAUCAAGGCCAAGCAGCUGGAAACGUUAAAGGCCGCGUUUGUCGCCACGCCGAAACCGACCCGGCACAUCCGAGAGCAGCUGGCCCAGGAAACGGGACUAAACAUGCGGGUCAUCCAGGUUUGGUUCCAGAACCGAAGAUCCAAAGAGCGACGGAUGAAGCAGCUGAGUGCUCUCGGGGCCCGGCGGCAUGCCUUUUUCAGGGGCCCAAGGAGGAUGAGGCCCCUGGGAGGCAGGCUGGAAGAUCCAGACAUUUUGGGGCCUGGGGCCUAUGGUUACUAUGGAGAAUACCAAGGUGACUAUUACGGACCAGGGAGUAACUACGACUUCUUCCCCCAUGGCCCUCCAUCCUCACAGGCUCAGUCUCCAGCCGAGUCCCCCUACAUCCUGGGCUCUGGGCCCGGAGCCAUGGAGGGGUCAGGCCACCACCCUUCAGAUGACCAAAGGUUCACGGACAUGAUCUCCCAUGCAGAAACCCCCAGUCCGGAGCCAGGCUUACCGAGCUCCCUGCAGCCUGUCCCUGGGGAUGCAUAUGGGGGCGGACCAAGUCCUCCUUUCUCCUUGGCCAGUAACUCCAGUUACAGCGCUCCUAUGUCCCACCAAGGCCAAGAGAUGGGAGAAACCACAGCCUGGUAAAGGACAAACCACAGGGACUAUUCCUGGGCUGAAUGUCAGCCUAGUUAAUUCAGGAGAUGAAUGGAAAAAACCCACAUUGUGGAGUGAAACAUACUGCUGAAAUUUCUAUGGAGGACUUUUUAAAUCACAGACUGAUUUUGACAAUUGACGAACUGAUGGACAUGGAAAUGAAAUCAAGAAUGGGAUAGCUUAUUGGAAAAAGUAAUAUUUGCUGCCCAGUAGACACUCCAAAGCAUAUCCCUUCCUGGAUUACUGGACUUGAACUAUUACAAAAAAGAUUGCGAUUCUAUCCAGCAAAAAUGCUUCUCGCCUUCCCCUUACUGUUAACGAAGGUAUCUUCUAAUGUUCUAGAACACAUUAGAGAGAAAAUGCCAAAGGGGACAUCUUUAGUUGUCUUAAUUUCUCACCACAUUUUUUUUUUUAACAACGUUGCUUCAAAGCAAUAUUAGUUUUCCAUUCUGUUGCUCUCUAUGCCUGUCUUUACUGCUAAGUUGCCACUCUACCCUCAACAUUAAAAAGACAAAGGACCAGGUUUAAUACAUGCUUUAAUGUUCAUAUACAAAUACAUAUAUGGCAAUCAAGACAGGAUAUCUUUAUUCAAAAAUGUUGCGCAUUUCAAACUUUCUUUUGUGUAAGACAAUAUGUCAAAAGCUGCUGCUUGAGGGAAACUGUAUACCCACACACACACACACAUACACACACACACACCUCUGGCAUUGACUUUCUCUAGCACACAACUUAGCUAUAAGUCCCUUAAUGCACAAAAAAUCGUUCUUGAUCAUAGCUUGAAAGAAGGAUGUCUAUAACAUUAUUCAAAACACGGACACAAUUAUACAGACACUUGUACCCACACACACACACGCACACACACACACACACACACACACACAAAUCUCACACCCAUCCAGGCGGCCCUGAUAGUUCUGCUCCGCACACUGCUUCACCUGACCUUCCUUUUGUUACUGUCCCUUUUAAAAAACAUGUUUUAAUGGAAAUGAUUUUCAAAAGAACAUUGAACCCAUAAUGGAGAAUCUCCUUCAACAGCUGAGGUCUCCUUCCUCUAAAGAGAGAAAACAAAAGAGGGGGCAGACAACAUCUGUGACAUUACCAGUCUGCUCUGAAGCUCUUGUUGCCAUCUAGUGGCCACCUUUUUAACACACACAAAAUUAAAAACACUAAACACUAAAAACAGUAGAGUCCGGUAUAUGAACAUAUUUGAACAUUUUUGCUCUGUGGAGGAUAAACUCUCUCUCUCUCUCUUUCUCUCUCUUUUUUUCUAAAUAAUGCCAGUAGAUAAUUCUGCAGUUUCAGGGCCAAGUGUCAUCAGGACUCCUAUAUGAAAAGCCAACACAAUAUUUUCAUCUCCCCUUAUGACUCUUCCACUGAAAUGUUACACACAACACAAGUUAGCUGAUAUUAUUCAACACAAAACCUCCAAUAAUCCCUAAUUUGAAAUCCAUUUAGCCUUCACUCUUUCACCUCUGUCUCAUCAUGCACAACAUGUCUUACACCAAACACAUGUACACAAAACACUUGUGAUGCUGUUUGUCCACGAUGAGUUAGCUCUACUUGAAUAUUGUUUGGAUUUAAUUUGCAUUUCCUUUGGACAUUGUAUAAGAUCUAGAAAGAAUGUGUCUUAUUUCUGAUGUACUGAGAUAUUCUUGGAUACAAAAGUGAGUGUGUGAGUGUGUGUGCCUGAAUGCUUGGUGGUGUGUGUAUGCUUGCUCAUGUGUGCGUGUGUAUGUGCAUUUAUGCACAUUUUGGGGGGGGCGGGGGGGCAAAGGGGCAAGGCUGUAUUAUUUCUA